AUGGCGCCGUUCCGGAACCCGUUCGAGGAGAUGAAGAAGGCGAACGAGAUCAAGCGCGCGAAGAAGGAGAAGGGCGUCAAGGACGGCCUCGAGACGCUCGUCGACAAGGUGAAGGCGCGUUCUAUCUCACACUGGUCCCCAUACGACCCCGUCGGCGUGCGUGGGCGGGAGACGGCGAGAGAGCGAGGCUUCCAGGCGGUGCUCGCGGACGUGCGCGACGGCGUCGUCGCGAGGAACUACGGCAACGGCGGGUCGUGGCCCGAGGCUGCGGAGGCGCGGCGGGAGAUGGUGUGUCCGCGGUGCGGCGCGAGCACGAGGGACGCGGUCGAGGCGGGGGAGAGAGAGGCGGCCGACGACGCGGCGGCGGCGGCGGACCCGGUGGAGUUGGCGAAAGUGGGGAAGCACCCGCUCGGGUGGUGCGCGAGCUGCGCGGAGGGGAACCGGCUGCUGGACACGAGCGGGGGGUUCUGA